GGAAUGGAAUUCAAAGAGAUGUGUCCAAAAUUACGACAAUUGUGCUAAACAAAAAGGAGACGCAUUUCCGGUCUCUAAAACAUGGUGAAAACAAGACCAACUUCUAUGUUCAGGGAACAAGAAGUUGAUCUCAUAACUGGGGGAUGUGGUUAUGUGGGAACAAAUCUAGCCAGGGCAUUAUUAGCAGAGGGGCAUAAAGUUGUCCUGUUUGAUCUCCAGAAACCACUAGAAGAUAUUAAUGAUGAAAAUAUAGCAUUCAUUCAGGGUGAUAUUAGAAACCUAAGUGAAGUUAACAAGGCUGUUAAUGAUGUCACCACCGUCUACCAUCUGGCUUCCUAUGGCAUGUCUGGGAGAGAACAGCUAAACAAGAAGCUGAUUGAAGAAGUGAAUGUACUUGGGACCGAAAAUGUCAUUAAGGCAUGUAUACAACACAAUGUUGAGCACCUGGUCUAUACAAGCACAUACAAUGUGGUGUUUGGAGGGCAAGUCAUUGAGAAUGGUGAUGAGACGCUGCCAUAUCUACCAAUGGAUAAACAUUCAGAUCAUUAUUCCAAGACAAAGUCUAUAGCUGAGCAAUCAGUGCUGUACAGAAAUGGUGCCAUACUAGAGAAUGGACUGAAGCUUCACACAUGUGCCUUACGUCUGGCUGGUGUUUAUGGUCCUGGAGAACAGCGACAUUUGCCAAGGAUUAUGAACUAUAUAGAAAGGGGAUAUUUCUCAAUGAUUUAUGGGGCCGAUAAAACAUUGGUUGAUUUCCUGCAUGUUGACAACUUGGUACAAGCCCAUGUCCUGGCAGGGAAGGGGUUAACAUCUCAGCGAGAUCACAUUGCUCAGGGACAAGCGUACUUCAUUUCAGAUGACAAACCAGUGAAUAACUUCCUCUUCUUCAAACCAAUGGUUGAAGGACUGGGCUACACAUAUCCAAAACUCAGGGUACCUCUUGGCUUAGUAUAUUUUGUAGCAUUCCUGACUGAACUGAUUCACAGGGUACUUGGUAAAUUCUACAACUUCCAGCCUUUGCUCACACGUACCGAGGUGUACAAAACAGGGGUCACUCACUAUUUCAACAUGGCCAAGGCUAAACAGCAUCUUGGCUACGAACCCACAGUUCAGAAUGAUCUCUCCAAAGUUAUAGAACAUUUUAAAGGACAGGGUCGUGAAAAACCGCCAAAAAAGAAGCAAUCAAAAUUAAUGAGAUUCGUUGUUGAUAUUAUACUUGCCUUUUUAUUUGCGUCCAUUCUUAUAUCAUUUUUACCUAGGGUGAGUUAGCCCGAAAUAAUAAAAGAAAUGUUAUUCCAA